AUGGUGUCGAUCGACUUUUUAACGACGACACUUUCCCUCCAGCUGGAUCAAUGGCCAGCUUCGCCGUGGGACGACGCAGCUUUCGUCGAUUCUACGACCAGUUGUGUGUCCAACAUUCGCGCCGGAUCGGUUGCGACCCCUCUCGCGCGGGAACUCGGGACACAACUCGAGACCGCCGUCGCGCAGGCGACGGUAAAGGUGCAGCUUGACGUUCUGGCGAAAGCUGAGUUUUCGCUCCUGCGUCAGGCGCAGGAACUGGGUCACAGUGCCCAAUAUGUGGCGAACGCAGUGCAGGCGGCGAAUAACGCCACUUAUGGUUUGGACGCGCGUCAGAGCUAUCUUGACGCACAGGCGCUCGCCCUGCACGAGCGUAACCUUGCUGUGGCUCGUGGAGAAGGGUACUCCACUGCUCAAGGCAUUGCCUUGUCCACCGCGCAAGAACGCGUGGACAGAACCAGUGAGCGCCUCAACGCUCACGAUGCGGCGCUCCGCGCGCGCAUGGAGGGCUUCCACGCCGAAGAGCUACACGCUGCUGGGCGUCAGGGCUUUCUGGAGGCCCAAGCGGCGCAUCAUGAUUACGUGCACCGCAGCCAGACGGAGGCCGAGGAGCGCCUCAAUCAGAGCCGCACGGCUCUGAGCACCAUAGAGGGCGACUCGCGGAGCAAGAUCGACGCGGCCCUCCAUCAACAGCAGGCUGCGCAGGAAGCGGAGAGGCGCGCAGCGGUGAUCCUCUCGCGGGACGAGGAGCUCCACCGGCAGUUGCGCGAACAGCAGCAACUGCUGACCGACGCGCUCCGAAGAGAGCAAGAUUGGCGCACCAACCAGCGCCAGAUGGAAGAACGCUUCGCAGCAAUGCAAGCGGAGAUACAGGCCGCUCGCGGUGAACGCCCUGCGACGGACGCUGAAACUGCCGCUGCUGUCGCGCCGGCUCAGCCCGUCACUGCGGCGCCGCCAGAAGCCCCUACGCCGCCCCCGCGGUCUCGCACGGGUGCACAGUUGCCCCCUCCUCCCCCUUUCUCGAUGGCGCCGGUGCGCCCUUCGCCACCACUGGCUGCUCCCCUCGCAGCUCGCCCACCCCCGCCCCCGUUCAGCACCCUCCAACAUCCAGUGGCGGGCGGUGCCAAAGACAUCUUGCGGGGACGCGAGCCGUACCCUCUCGACGUGCCAGCGGCGCCGACGCCUUUUCAGUGGCACGAUGCGCGCUCUUGGGGCCCUGUGCUGAGCCUGCCACAAGGCCAGGCGAUUUUGAUGUUGGAGCUCCAGACGGCGAUGGAGCUCAAGCUGCCGGUCCCGAUCGUACGGGCGGUUGUGGAGGCCUUAAAGGCCUUCAUGAACAACCUCGCCACGAGGGUCGAGCCGGAUGAGUUGGACUUUGCCGAAGGCGAAGCGCUUCUGUUUGCUCUGCGGGUCGCGGACCUGUACAGCAAACACCCGGGAACAAGUCCACAGGACUUCUACUCCCAGUUCGGCAGGUUCUUGAAUCCUGCUGAUCCCUUGACGGUUCGUUUUGGUUCUUUGGCGCAGCGUCCGCGAGUUCGUUCGCGCACGCCCUCGCGCACUGCCGGCCCCGGCAUUCGAUGCUACUAUUGUGGCAUAGCAGGGCAUGUGUCGACUGAGUGUCGCAAGAAACUCAGCGACCAAAAAAAAACGGAAAAGGGACCCCACGCAAGUGAGGCAGCAACCAGAUGA